GUUUUUAUGCACACAACCUCUCUUGAGACAGGGGGAGCUGAGACAGAUGGAAAGGGUGAUGGGUGGGCAGGCACCAACCCUGGAGCACCCAGAGGCCCAGGAAAAGGUAUCAGUUGGGAUCUCCAAGUAGUCUGGCCCUGCUCAGGAGAGCACAGCCGCUCUGAUGGUGGCGCUACGGCUCCGGACCUGUGGGGCCUCCGCGGGGCCAAACGGCAGGCCGGGACAGUAUCGGGGCCGGGAAUGUCACUCACCCCUAAAGGGAGAGGCACCAAGCGCAGCCCCUUCCUAUCCCAUGUGCGGAGACUCACAGGGUCCUGGUCCUGGGCUCGGGACCGUGAGAGACGCAGUUGGUUCGGAGUUCAGGACUAGGGGUCCCCUUAGAUCCUCAGAUCCUGCAGAAUCCCGCCUCUGCCCCAGUGGGAGCCCGGGCCAGGUCGCCAGAGGGACUGUCCGCCGGCGGGAGACUGUGUGCAGGACCCACGCCUCCCAGGCUGGCGAGCGGGCAGCGCCCCGGGGCUGCGCUCCCACGGGGUCGGCCCCUGCCCUGCCCCUAGCCCGCGGCGGCGCAAGUGGAACCGCAUCCCUCUCUUUCGUUUUCGUUUCCCGGAAGAUAGCGAUUACCGGAGCGCCUCGCGCGCCUGCCCGCCUGCGGAGGACCCGGGCGCACACGCCUUGGCGCUUCUCGAAAGAGAUUUCCUCCCACGCGACCUUCCAGUUCUCCGAGCCGGGUCAGGGGUUUGGGGGAGGAGGACUCGGGAGCGCGGGCCCAGGGCCCCAGCAGCCACAGCCAGGGGCGCGCUCACGACAGAGAGCCGGGAGCUUCCUCACCUCCACCUGUCAUGCAGGAAGCAGAAUUGGCUAUUUCUCCUAUAAGCCCUGUGGCAGCCAUGCCUCCACUAGGCACCCAAGCACAAGCCAGAUGUGAAGCUCAAAUUAACCUGCUGGGUGAAGGGGGGAUCUGCAAGCUGCCGGGAAGACUCCGCAUUCAGCCCGCACUGUGGAGCAGGGAGGACGUGCUGCACUGGCUGCGCUGGGCAGAGCAGGAGUACUCUCUGCCAUGCACCGCGGAGCACGGGUUUGAGAUGAACGGACGUGCCCUCUGCAUCCUCACCAAGGACGACUUCCGGCACCGUGCGCCCAGCUCAGGUGACGUCCUGUAUGAGCUACUCCAGUAUAUCAAGACCCAGCGGCGAGCCCUGGUGUGUGGGCCCUUUUUUGGAGGGGCCUUCAGGCUGAAGACGCUCACCCAGCACUCUCCUGUCCCCCCGGAAGAGGUGACUGGGCCCUCUCAGAUGGACACCCGAAGGGGCCACCUGCUGCAGCCACCAGACCCAGGACUUAUCAGCUCCUUUGGCCACCUGGAUGACCCUGGCCUGGCAAGGUGGACCCCUGACAAGGAGGAGUCCCUCAACUUAUGUCACUGUGCAGAGCUCGGCUGCAGGACCCAGGGGGUCUGUUCCUUCCCUGCGAUGCCGCAGGCCCCCAUUGACGGCAGGAUCGCUGACUGCCGGCUGCUGUGGGAUUACGUGUAUCAGCUGCUCCUUGACACCCGGUAUGAGUCCUACAUCAAGUGGGAAGACAAGGACGCCAAGAUCUUCCGAGUUGUGGAUCCAAAUGGGCUUGCCAGACUCUGGGGUAAUCACAAGAACCGGGUGAACAUGACCUACGAGAAGAUGUCUCGUGCCCUGCGCCACUAUUAUAAGCUUAAUAUCAUUAAGAAGGAACCGGGGCAGAAACUCCUGUUCAGAUUUCUAAAGACUCCGGGAAAGAUGGUCCAGGACAAGGACAGCCACUUGGAGCCGCUGGAGAGCCAGGAGCAGGACAGAAUGGAGUUCAAGGACAAGAGGCCAGAAAUCUCUCCGUGAGGGGCAGGUGGACUCCAGGCACCCGGUACCGAUGGGGCAGGGACCGAGUCUCCCAUGAAGGCAGCCUCCUUCUUCCAGCAGAGCAGCAGGAGCCCCAGCCAGACUCUGUACCCACAGGACUACAGCCAUUGCUUGGGAAGGCUGGGAGGCCUCCCAUCCAGGACACUGGGGGCAGGAGUGUCAUCUUUUGGGCAGGGCAAUCCUGGGGCUAAAUGGGGUACAGGGGAGUGGACUCUCCCCUGCUGCACCCCUGGGAGAGGAAGCAAGGCACCGACAGAGCACCCAGCCCCAGCCCUGUGAAUGGAAUUUACCAGAUGAAUGGGAUAUGAGGUCCAUCACCGAGCCUCAGAUUUCCUCACCUGUGAAAGGGGCUGAGGCAGGAAAUGGAAAAAGUGUUAGUGCUUCCAGGUGGCACUGACAGCCUCAGUAAUAAUAAAAACAACGGUAGC